AUGCACGCCGCCCCUACAAGUCAUCCGCGGCAUGAUGAUGGCCAACUCCAUCGCAACCACAUAGACGCUAGCCCUCACGGAUCAAUUUGCCUCGACAGAGACAGAGAUGGAGAAAUUCCAAACAGUACGAACCAUAACGGUAGUCAUCCUUCGACCUCGCCCGUCGCACACGUACUCGACAUCACCAGACAUGGACGAACCUCAUCAGACACACCCGUCGAUGAUAGCGACGAGGAUGACGAUGCAGAAGACGCCGAUCUAGUCAUCGACUCCCCCAGUGAGAAGCCCGUGACUUGGGCCUCCCUGCCCAAAAAGGGCCAACUCGCCAUCCUCACCUUUGCCCGUCUCUCCGAGCCACUGACCCAGACAUCGCUCCAGGCAUACCUCUUCUACCAGCUCAAGUCGUUCGACCCUUCGCUGCCGGACUCGACUAUUUCAACGCAGGCGGGGAUCAUGCAGGGCAGCUUUACCGCUGCGCAGUUUCUCACGGCGGUCUGGUGGGGCCGGUUGGCGGACGCGGAGUGGAUGGGGAGGAAGCGCGUGCUGCUGAUUGGGUUGCUGGGGACGUGUAUCUCGUGUCUUGGGUUUGGGUUCUCGAGGUCGUUUGCGGCGGCGGUGGUGUUUCGGGUUCUCGGGGGGUUUCUGAAUAGUAACGUUGGGGUGAUGCGGACGAUGAUAUCGGAAAUUAUCGAGGAGAAGAAAUAUCAGUCGCGUGCGUUCCUGCUGCUUCCGAUGUGCUUUAAUAUUGGGGUUAUCGUUGGCCCUAUCAUUGGGGGCUCGUUGGCCGAUCCUAUCAGCAGCUAUCCUCAUCUGUUUGGCCCUGGGUCAUUUUUUGGUGGGAAGCAUGGUGUGUGGUGGAUGGAGCGGUGGCCGUUUGCGUUGCCAAAUAUCCUCAAUGCUAUCUUCACCUUUGCUGCCUUUUUGGCUAUCUUGUUUGGGCUCGACGAGACACACGAGAUUGCACGAUACCGAAGCGACUGGGGCCGCCAGGUCGGGAGAACGCUCGCCAGAUUCUUUUCCCGACGUCGGGUUCCAGGUCAUUAUCGCCGGUUAAGGAACCUCGAGGACGACGAGUCUCAGUGUAUGGACGGUAGCGUGACCAGCAGAUCGGCUCCAUCUAGUCCGAUCCGCUUGCAAGGGCUUCCUCGCCAUAAACGGCUGGGAUUCCGUGAGAUCUGGACCCCCAAUGUUCUAUUGACAUUGCUAGUUCAUUUUCUUCUGGCAUUCCACACCAGCGCCUUUAACGCCAUGACUUUUGUCUUCCUCCCUACCCCGAGGGCUCCGGAGAAUAGCCGGCGAGGCUUCUUCCAUUUCAGCGGUGGCCUGGGACUACCGUCCUCCCGUGUUGGUGUUGCAACGGCAAUUAUCGGGGUCAUCGGCCUCCCGUUACAGAUCUUCGUAUACCCUCACGUCCAAUCUCGUCUAGGAACCUUGACCUCUUUCCGCACAUUUUUGCCGUUUUCACCGCUUGCCUAUACUCUGAUGCCGUUCUUGGUGAUCAUCCCUCGGUAUCCAUGGCUAGUCUGGCCUGCCUUCACGGUUGUGGUUGGGCUUCAGGUUAUUUCUCGGACGUUUGCUCUUCCUGCUGCUAUUAUUCUUGUGAAUAAUUGUGUUACUGAUUCGUCGAUCCUCGGGACGGUGCAUGGCGUUGCUCAGAGUAUAGCGAGUGCGGCGCGCACACUGGGGCCCUUCAUCGGUGGCUGGGGGCUAGGGCUGGGGUUGAAAAAUAAUCUUGUUGGUGGUAUUUGGUGGGCACUAGCGUUGGAAGCAUUGGUUGGAUGGCUGCUGCUGUGGACUAUAAAUGAGGGAAAGGGGAUAGAGAGAAGGAAAGAUCGGAGAGAAGGCGCCCAGGAAGGUUGA